AUGACUGCGAUAGCAGACGUUCUACGGUGCUAAGUGCAGUUGCACUUGUGUUAUUGACGUCGGAGUGCUUCGAAGCGACUAAUCCCCCAUAAUACUAAUCCACAAAUUUUUAAUUCUGUUCAACCAAUUGCCCUCGAGAAUUUCCGGGCGCCAAUAAAAUAUUUAAAAUGUCGUCUCCAACCCAAGUGCUGAAAAGCAUCGGUCCGAAGCUCGUGCCGUUCUUCAAAAGUGUCUGCGUGUAUUUCGUGCUUUUGGCAGAACAACCGUCGUUACUCACAGUGUGUUUCAAAUGUUUGCCAAUAAUCAGUCUUAUCAUAUUUGUACUCCUACACGGAAUGAAUUUAUCGGAAGAGUACACUUACUCGAGAAGGAUAUUAACAGGUCUUGUAUUCAGCUGUCUGGGUGAUGCCUUUAUCGUGUGGCCGCAUUUCUUUUUACUCGGAAUGGGAAUGUUCGCUAUUGCCCAGAUCAUGUACAUCACGGCAUUUGGUUUCAAGCCGCUGAACCCAUCCCUGGGGAUUUUCAUUUUCUCCCUCUCACUACUGGUUCUCUACACGCUGAUGCCGGGACUGAGUGGGGUGCUGACAAUAGGGGUACCGAUAUACACGUUUCUACUCGUAACUAUGUCAUGGCGAGCUGUGUCCAGAGUGCUGUUCUUCAAAGAACCCUGGACAUGGACGAAGCUCUGCAGCUGCAUCGGCAGUAUAUUUUUCGUUGUAUCGGACACACUUCUGGGUCUUCACCACUGGUACCACCCGAUGCCGUACGCAACGGUGUCAAUAAUGCUGACCUACUACGCGGCGCAGCUUGGAAUAGCCCUCAGUGCUGUCGACUCGAGGGAAAAUGCCAAAUCAGCUGGUAAACAGCGAUAAUUAUUCAAUUCUAAUGACCUGAGAGUUGCGAGAAACGUCUCUUGUAUUGUUCUCUUCUGUAUUAGAAAAUUCCUGAGGGAAAAAAAUUAUUUGUUGACACUGCCACUAUCUCUAGGCAGAAACUGCACUGAAGGGUAUAAUUGGUACCGAGUUAGGGGGCAAUCAAACUGGCAAUGAUCUCUGACGUCGAGAGGCCUUUUCAUUGUUGUUGACGUGAAAAACUAAUGGGUUGGCUAACGUUUGAGUUAGUUUGAUUUUAAAUAGGACAAGGGAUUCUCCAUUCUCUCCUUUUUCGUCAUUCACUGGUGAAUUUUUUGGCAAUUCAAGUCUUUGCUGCAUUUGCAUUAUGAGUUUUGUGAAUUUUUAUGCUUUUUAUGAUCUAAUCGUUUGGGAAUUUGUUAUGCGUUUUGGAGACUUGAUAAUAUUUAUUAUUUCCUGGAGAGGUUUCAAUUGCAACUUCGGAAAUCAUUGGAUUGGAGAACGUGAUCUCAAGUGUCUUAGUUUGGUAUGUUGUGUCAUCCAUUUUCGCAAUUUUGAAUAAUUUCUGCAGUUGAAAACUUGAAGAAUUGAAAUUAUAGGAACAAUUUAACAAGACUCGUUCGAGAACACGUUCACGUGAGACCCUCGAGACAUUAGAUUCAGAUGACGAAUGUCACAUCUGGUUAUCGUCUGGAUCGGACACGGUAAUGGCCCAGUGAUUGACAGAAUAACUGGGUAGAUACAAAAAUAAAAGAAUUAUGCAGACUUGCGGGUGCAUCACGAGAUGAAACCUGACCGGAAAAUCAGUGCAAAAGGAAACCGAGACCUGUUUAUGUAAUAAUUCAGUAUUUUUCCUGUUUUUCAUUGAGUUUUGAUUUUUUUUUGUUCAACUUUUCGCAAAGAAAAAUCUCCAUCGAAAUUGGGCACUGACAACGUUAAUUCCACGUUUGUGAUGUUUAAUCUCAUGUAAUAUAAAGUAAAAAUUCAUUGUAUGGUUAGAGAAAAAAAUGUACCACAAACACGCGACCUUCGGUACCUUUAAAUCCAGAUGAGAAUCUAUUAUUAGUAAUGAGAGGCGGAGGGAUGGCGUGACGCUGUGAACGAUGUAGAUUUGGUUUGAGUGUUAGUUGAAGCCGGCUAUUUAGUCUAUUAUUCAAGGGCUUCACUCUUAAUCUCCAUGAAAUUCAGGAAGGAAAUUGUUAGUCGCAAAUUCAGGGUCUGUAAUUCAUCCACGAUGAUUGAUUAAUUCCUCUUUCAUGGAGAUGUGGAGGUGAUUCGAGUGGAAAUGAUAUUGAACUGAUAAUACGAGUAAAUAAUAACAUUUUUUGCAAUAGACUGAUGGACACACUGGAGAGUAAUAACUUCAAUUAGAUGCAGAGAAUGUAAAUAGAUUAUUUUUAAAUAUACUUUCUGAUCCUGAAAGUGGCAUAAUGUUGAAUUAAAUGUUCAAAAUGUAGAGAAAAGUAUAUUUAUUCAACUGUACAUUACUUCUAGUUCUCUAUGAGCUCCUGCAACUCGUUGAGUUGUUGAAAAAUGUAUUAUCAUUCUCUGUUGACUGAAAAAACUCCAAUUGUAAGGCUCAAUUUUUAAUUCUUCGAUAGACAAGGGUGUGCACGUAGUGGAAAGAAAUAGAGAAAUAUUUUGUCGUUGUGUAGACCCACAGGGACCGGUAACAUUCAAUGUUCAAGUUUAAAUAAAUAUAUGGAUAAAUAUUAUAAGCAA